AUGUCAUUCCAACAAAACUUACAAUCAAAGCUUCAAGGCCAUUUGUCACAAAUCGACGGUAGAUUUGCCAAUGUCAAGCUUUUGGACCAAUUCGAAACCAAUACUAAGUUACCAAGAUCCUAUGCCGUCAUUGGGUUUGUUGGUUUCUACCUCUUAUUGACUUUCUUGAACAUUGGGGGUAUUGGCCAAUUGCUUUCUAACAUUGCCGGGUUUGUUAUUCCAGGUUACUUAUCAUUGAAGGCCUUAAACACCGCAACCAAAGAUGACGAUGAAGACUUGUUGAUCUACUGGGUUGUCUUUGCUGUCCUUAAUAUUGUUGAAUUCUGGUCCAAAACUAUUUUGUACUGGGUUCCAUUCUACUGGUUGAUCAAAACCGGUUUCUUGCUUUAUCUUUCUUUACCUCAAUUUGGCGGGGCUAAGUUUAUUUACUACUCUUUCUUGAAGCCUGUCACCGAUAAGCACUUGUUCCAUGAAUCCAAGCCAGCCUCUAAGGUAAACUAA